UUGAGAAGUGUCUGUUCGUGUCCUUUGCCCACUUUUUAAUGGGAUUGUUUGUAUUUUAAUAGUCAGCAAUGAGGUGAGGAGAGUACACUUGAAGUGUAUGUUUUCCGAGCAGAGGGAAAAGAGUAAGUAAAGACAAAGAUUUUGGAAAGUAAGUAAGCAGAGGUAGGAUGCCUGGAGGACAGUGACUUGCUUGGCUGGAGAGAAGAAUUAAUAGGGAUAAUAAGAGGAAACUUACAUUGAAAAAAAUGAAAAUGUGCAGCAGACUGUUGCAGGCUUUAAAUGUAUAUUUAAUUUGACAGGAAGGGUCAAAUUAUUUAAUUGGGAUUUGUAUUGGAAUAUUAGCUUAAUGUUAUCAGUGCAUCAGUUUGAAGUGAAAAGAGCCAAAUAACUAAUGGAUAAAGGUUUUGGGCAAUUUAUUUAUUCUUGUAAAGACUCACUGAUCUCAUCUGCAAGGCGGAAACAAUUGAUUCCUGUGCCAUGGUGUGGUUGUGUUUAAAUAGAAGUGCCUGGCAUGGCUUCUGGUAAGUAGUGGGUAUACUGUAACAACUAUUGUUAAAUUGAUUUUGUAAGCUAUAUGCUCUGAUGAUAGAUAAGCAGUUCAGAUAGGAACACAAGUCAUUUCAAUUAGUUCUAUUCCUAUAACAAUAAAACUAAAUUAGCUUUCAUUUUUCUCCCCCAAGCUCAUUGAAUGGACACUCUAAACCAAACAAGAGUGACUGAAUUUGUCUUCUUGGGACUCACUGAUAACUGGGUGCUGGAGAUACUGCUUUUCAUGGCAUUCUCAGCCAUUUAUGUGCUAACGCUUGCGGGGAACAUUCUCAUCAUCAUUGCCACAGUCUUUACUCCACGUCUCCAUACCCCCAUGUAUUUCUUCCUGAGCAAUCUGUCCUUUAUUGACAUCUGUCACUCAUCGGUCACUGUGCCUAAGAUGCUGGAAGGUAUGCUUUUGGAGAGAAAAACCAUUUCCUUUGAGAACUGCAUCACACAGCUCUUCUUCCUCCAUCUCUUUGCCUGUGCUGAGAUCUUUCUGCUGAUCAUUAUGGCGUAUGAUCGUUAUGUAGCUAUCUGUACUCCACUCCACUACUCCAAUGUGAUGAACAUGAGAGUCUGUGUACAGCUUGUCUUUGCUCUCUGGUUGGGGGGUACUGUUCACUCACUAGGGCAGACCUUCUUGACUAUUCGUCUACCUUACUGUGGCCCCAACAUUAUUGAUAGCUACUUUUGUGAUGUGCCUCUUGUUAUCAAACUGGCCUGCACAGAUACAUACCUCACAGGAAUACUGAUUGUGUUCAAUAGUGGAACCAUCUCCCUCACCUGUUUCUUGGCCGUGGUCACCUCCUAUACAGUCAUUCUGGCUUCUCUUCGAAAACACUCAGCUGAAGGGCGCCAGAAAGCCCUGUCUACCUGCUCGGCCCACUUCAUGGUGGUUGCCCUCUUCUUUGGGCCAUGUAUCUUCAUCUAUACUCGGCCAGACACCAGCUUCUCCAUUGACAAGGUGGUGUCUGUCUUCUACACAGUGGUCACGCCUUUGCUGAAUCCUUUCAUUUACACCUUGAGGAACGAGGAGGUAAAAAGUGCCAUGAAGCAGCUCAGGCAGAGACAAGUUUUUUUCAUGAAAUCAUAUACAUGAUGGGCAUUGGGAUUGCAGACAUAAUUGCAGCCAUAUCCUUAACAAAAGAGCAAAAGUAAAGAGUCAAAAUCCACUUCUAUAACUUGGUAAAUCAGGUAAAAUGGCAUGGAGCAGCUCAGGUUUCUGCACUGAAUAUAAGAACUUAUUAACUGUUGUUUCAAUAAAACAAAAAAUCAUAGUGGAUGAUGUAAGGAAAAAUAACCCAGGGAAGUUUAAAGACACCAGUAAGAGAAUACAAUUUGGGGAACUCAGUUCAGUCUCAGUUUCAGGAGCAGGUAGAGUGAGAAGCAACUCUCUUGAUUUAUACUGUUUUGUGGGCUAUUGCCUCUGGGAAGCUAUACAUCACUCCUGAGAUUUAUACAUGAUAGUGGUUUCAAUCUUGCUUUCCAAUAUAUUUUCAAGUGUAUAAAUAAACCUUUACUUAUUUAUAUCAAAUUAAACUUUUAUUGCUUUUGAAUGUAAUUCUCUCAUGUCUAGAUCUAUUUUGUACUUUUUUUGAGACAGAAAUUUUUUGCACUAUUCCAGCAACUUCCUGUAAGUCUGAAAUCAUUGCCAAAAUAAAAAGUUAAAACAAAACAAAACUAUACACCC